AGAGCUCUCACCGGUCAAGCUUCCCUCUCUCGCCUUUCAGCCCUCCGAGCCAAGUAAGCCUUCCUCCCAUCUCUACUUUCUUUCCCGGUUAUGUCUUCCCUAGAUAACCUUAGGGUUUCGUCCUCAGAGGACUGUUCCUCCGAGGGCUCCACAUCUUCCUCCUCGACCGAGUCUUCUUCCUCUGAUUCCUUACCCGGUCAGAUCCCCAACUCUUCCGUACCCGAGCCGCAGCCUGUAAACCAAAUGCCCGGCCAGGUUGCUAUGGAGAGGGAUGAACCGGUUGACAACGACCCGGGUCCCUAUGACCCAUAUAAUGAAUCCUGGGAAGAGUGGGAAGAGCGGCUCCGAGCCACCGGUUACUUUCCACUCCCCACCGAUUACGUUCGUGACAUUCCCUCCCGCGUAUCCAAAAUAGCUUUGAAUAAAAUCCGUAGAAGACUCCCGGAUGGCUACACCCUCCUGUACGAGCAUGACUGGUCUAACAUCAUAGAACCCCACCGGGAGGAUAGGAUAGGGUUUCAUACGGUUUCCCUAGAGGCGGACAUUGUUUUUCCCCUGCACCCCCUCCUUACCGAAGUGUGCCACGCGUUUAGGAUUCUACCCGGUCAGAUAACUCCUAACGCGCAUCAUUACCUGCAUUCCUUUGUAAAUAUUUGCUCCCACAACAAAAUAGACCCUUCUUUGCGUCUUUUUCUCUUCUGUUUCGAUGACCUACCCAGUGGGAUCAGUUGCGAGGGCUUCGUGUAUUUCAAGGGCCACACCAGUAGGAAGUUCAUUUCUGACGUCCCCCAAAGCAACCGGGGAUGGAAAGAAAAGUUCGUUUUUAUCGAGUUUCCCCCAUUCGUCACCCCCUUAGCCGGUCUAAAAUGGAACGACCACCUCCUCAACCAUGAGUACACCCUAUCGGCCUCCUCCCCCGAUCUUGAAGCAAGUGUGGAGAUCUUUCUUCGUGGUGUUCCGUUCACCGGGAGGAAGUAUAAUUAUGGAAGCUGGGUCUGGAGGGUCAAAUCGGGUGGUGAGGGUACCUCCCAGGCCCAUGACGCAGCGGGGCGCGGGGUACCCUCCCCGGGCAACACUGCGGAGGCUGAGGGCAACUCCCACCUAGAUAUGGAGUUCGAGGAGUUUGCCAUGCCCGAAGACCAGCCAGAAGGAGAGACCGGUGAUUCUCAGGCCGGUGCUACCAAAACUUUCACGAUCCAACCAGAGACCGUGGAAGUCCAUGAUUUGGAGGAGCCGGAAGAUGACCGGUCGAAAAGAAAGGGUAAGGAGAAGACCGGCCGGCGAAUGAAGAAGGUGGCCACCACGCACCCUUCUUUUGCUAAGAAGAGGGCAAGGUCGAAUUCUGAGCCGGCCGGCCAGACCAUUGAAGAGGCCUUCAUCAAUCUGGGCCUGAGGCUGAAGGAGGCAGGGGAGAUCGGGCCCCUCACAGUGGACCGGUUGGGGAUGAGCUUCCCUUCCAAAGUUGACCGGCUGAAGAGGGAGAAAGAAGAGAUGGCUCUCAUCUUGAAUGGCCAAGUGGACGAGAUGAUCCGGCUGUCCGGGAUGGCUGGGACGAUGAAGGCCGAAAUCUCCCAGCUCAAAGAGGAGAACUGCCGGAUGCUUGAUGAGGUAUCCGAGGCCAAGAAGGAAAUGGCUCUGAAGGAAGAGAACUUUCCCGGUCGUGCAGCUGCUUGGGUGGAGGAGAACAAGGCCGAAGUAGCCCGGGUGAUGACGGCGACCCUAGAAACUACCAUGGAGUCCUUCAGGCUCCCGGUAGAGGAGCCUGAAGGAAGGAAGAUGAUUACCGUCAUUGGAUCCUUUGGGUUCAAGAGUGGUCAGAAGAAAGACCAGGCUGCCUCUCACCGGGUCCUAAAGAAAAGGGAUCCAAACUUCAGCGCAGCUGCUUACGGCUUGGCCUCGAUUCCGGAGGAAGAGCUUACUCCCCCCUUCCCCCUAGAUUAAUCUCCCCGGCUGCGCCGGUUGAAUUGUUUUUGUAAAACUUCAAACUUUCCCCGGGAAUGCCCGGUGUAUCUGUAAACUUUUAACAUUU